AUGCAAGAAAAGAACGUGAUAGCCGAAAGAUGUAACGAUAUUAUAAAGUCCCCAGAAGAUAAACGAUUGUACCGAGGUCUCGAACUUAGCAACGGAUUAAGAAUGCUCCUCAUUUCCGAUGAGAAGGCGGAUAAAAGUGCUGCUUCUAUGGAUGUUUCUGUUGGUCAUCUAAUGGACCCGUGGGAGUUACCCGGUUUAGCUCAUUUUUGUGAACAUAUGUUAUUUCUGGGUACUGAUAAGUUUCCUUGUGAGAACGAGUAUAACAAAUAUAUAACUUCGCAUGGUGGUGCUACCAAUGCAUUCACUGCUCCGGACCAUACAAAUUAUCAUUUUGAUAUCGCUCCUGAAUUUUUGCGGGGAGCGCUUGAUCGCUUUGUACAGUUUUUUUUGUGUCCGCAGUUUACAGAAAGCGCUACAGAAAGGGAGGUUUGUGCCGUGGAUUCUGAAAAUUCAAAUAAUCUACAAAACGACAGUUGGAGGAUUAUUCAGUCGCUUUCAAAAGCUGGACACGAUUAUGGCAAGUUUGGUACCGGUAGUAAGAAGACUCUACUUGAAGACGCACGAGAAAAGAAUAUCGAGCCUCGUGAAGCUCUGCUGAAAUUCCAUACGGACCAUUACUCAUCUGAUCUUAUGUCUUGCUGUAUAAUUGGCAGUGAAACACUUAACGAAUUGGAGGACAUGGUUGUAUCUCUUGGUUUUGGUAAAAUAACGAGAAAGAACCUGAAAAGAAAGACGUGGCUGGAUAGUCCUUAUGGGAAAGAUCAGUUGGGGGUUAAAAUAGAACUUGUUCCUGUGAAGGAUUUGAGGCAUAUGACUUUAGAUUUCCCUAUUCCGGAUUAUCGGGAACACUACAGGACGCGGCCGACUCAUUACGUUGCUCAUUUAAUCGGACAUGAAGGUCCUGGGUCGUUGCUUUCGGAACUGAAGCGUCGAGGUUGGGUAAGCAAUUUAUCUGCUGGGGAUCGGUGCUUGGCGAGGGGUUUCGGUAAUUUCACCAUCUCAGUCGAUUUGAGUGAAGAAGGGCUGAAACAUACGGACGACAUUAUCACAGUCAUCUUUCAAGAAAUAGGUAUGAUCAAAUCGGCAGGUCCUUUGAAGUGGAUACAAGAUGAAUUGAAAAAACUUGGUGACAUCAAAUUCCGUUUUAAGGCAGGGUUGGCCUCUGACUUGCAGCUUUUUCCUAUGAAAGAUGUUAUUUACUCCGAUUAUAGGUUGGAUCAGUUUGAUGAAGCUUUGAUAGAAGAUAUUAUUAAUCGACUAAAUCCCGACAACAUGUGUUGUAUGGUAGUUAGUCAGAAAUUUGCUAACAGACCCGAAAAUGUAAAAGAGAAAUGGUAUGGUACAGAAUACCAGAGACUUCCCAUUGAUAAGUCACUAAUGGAUACUUGGCGACAUGCGCUCACUACCAAAUUAAAUGCACUUCAUCUGCCUUUGCCUAACGACUAUAUAGCGACUAAAUUUGAUCUAAAGGAGUUGGAGGAUCCAGCUGUUAAAGUUCCUCGUAUUAUUUUGGAAGACUCAUGGGCCCGUGUCUGGUUUAUGCAGGACAAUGAGUACAAAUUACCAAAAUGUUUCACCCAAUUAAUUAUACAUUCUCCUAUUAUGUCUGCGACUCCAAUGAAUAGUUUCUUGAGUGCCAUGUUUAUCAUGACUUUGCAGGAUGCCUUGGCUGAAGAUACUUAUAAUCCAUACUUAGCCGGGCUGUGUAGUGCAUUCCAUGAUAAAUAUACUGGUAUAAGCUUGAGAGUAACUGGAUAUGAUGAGAAGCAACGGUUGCUCGUUAAAGAUCUUAUUAAUAAACUUAUCAAAUUUGAACCUGACCAACAAAGGUACGAUAUUCUAAAGGAAAAUUUGUGUAGAGCGUUAAGAUGUUUUCGGCAGGUACAACCUUACACACAGGCUAAAUAUUACAGCUGCCUUCUCUUAAGUAGCCUCGAGUGGACCAAAGAACAGUUGCUUGCUUGUGCGGAAGUAUGUGAAGUGGAUAGGCUAAGAAAUUACAUUGCGAGUGCUCUUCAGGCUGUUUAUCUGGAAAUGUUUGUCUACGGUAACAUGGUUGUAAAGGAGGUUUUGGAAAUGAAGGAUGAUGUUGUGCAAAUCCUGAAAUCUGUUCCUGGUGUUCGUCCGCUGUUCGCUUCCGAGAUUGUAAAAUGUAGAACGCAUGUCAUUCCAUCUGGACCUGGCUUCUACCUGAAGGAGUCGCAGACUACUCAUGAAAACUCUGCAGUUGAAUUCAUUAUGCAAACUGGAGUACAGAACCCAAAAGAGAAUGUGUUACUACAAUUGAUCGUUCAGUUAAUCAGUGAACCUGCUUUUAACCAAUUACGUACAAAUGAACAAUUAGGAUAUAUCGUUCAUACGAAUGUUUUUUGUAAUUUUGGUGUGCAAGCUUUGCGAAUGAUUGUUCAAGGUGGCCAUGAUCCAGAAUUUGUGAAUGAACGAAUAGAGUGUUUUCUUUCAACGUUUAGGCAAAAGUUGGAGGAAAUGCCUGAGGAGCAGUUCAGAGAAAAUAUUGAAUCGCUCGCUGCAAAAAGGUUAGAAAAGCCAAAAACUUUGAAAGCAAAAGCAGGGAGAUAUUGGGAGGAGAUUGCGAGCGGGUUUUACCAUUUUGAUAGAGUUGAGAUGGAGGUUCCACUUUUACGAGCCCUCACAAAGGAAGAUGUUAUCGUUUACUUUGACAAACAUUUUGCCGCUAAAUCGCCACAUAGACGGAAAUUAUGCACUAUGGUUUAUGCUGACAAGGCCAGUGACGUAGAGAAAGGCAUUAAAAGAAGAAGUAAAAGAGCUGUGGAAGGACAGGAGUGCACGCUUAUUCAAGAUGCGGAACUGUUCAAAACCAGCAUGGCCUUGUAUCCGCUGCCGCAGCCAGUUAUUGACAUAUCUCCUUUAGCUUCAAAAAAUGAAAGAAAGAAUUAA